AUGCAGAUAUAUUUGAUUGUUGGAUUACUGUGCUUUCUUCCAAGACUCGUGAAAAAUGAAAACGCUAAUCUCAAAAUUCCUGAUGAAUUCAGCAUCGGCGCAGCCACUUCCGCUUUUCAAGUCGAAGGAGGCUGGACUGGAACUGACAGGGGAAUGAGCAAUUUGGAUAACAUGACACUGGCAAAUAGCAUUGGAUAUGAUGCGCGAAUAGCGAGCGAUUCUUAUCACAAGUGGAAAGAAGAUGUUCAGUUGAUGAAGACUAUCGGAUUGCAUUAUUAUCGAUUUUCGUUGAGUUGGUCUAGAAUUUUACCGACUGGAUUGUCGAAACGCAUCAGUCAGGAUGGAGUGACGUAUUACAACAACCUGAUUGAGGAGUUAAUGUCCAAGGGAAUCGAGCCUUAUGUCACGAUUUAUCAUUGGGAUCAUCCAGCAGUCUUCGAAUCAUUCGGAGGAUGGCUUAAUGAAACGAUGGUGGAUUACUUUGUUGAUUAUGCACAAGUUGCCUUCCGAGAAUUCGGAUCUAGAGUCAAAUUCUGGAGUACUGUCAAUGAGCCCAAUGAAUAUUGUAAAAUGAUCUAUUCUAAACCUCGGGAUGUAUGCCUCUGUGUCCAUAACAUGCUGAAAGCUCAUGCCAGAGUUUAUCACCUGUACAAGCAUGAUUUCUACUCAACGCAGAGAGGAAAAAUAGGAAUAGUCUUUGUAACUCAUUACUAUUACUCCUCCGUAAAGAAUGAUGCUUUAUCACCGAGGUUAAUGUAUGAGUAUGACGGAGGUUGGAUUGCUAAUCCUAUAUUCUCCAAGGAUGGAGAUUAUCCAGCCAUGAUGAAGAAGGCGGAAGAAGAACGGAUGGAAUGGGAGAAAUUAUCAUCACCACGACUGCCGGAAUUUUCUCAGUAUUGGAUCGAUCUCUUGAGAGGCUCAUGGGAUUAUUUAGGACUCAAUCAUUACUCGUCGUAUCUUGUGUCUAAAAAUAGCAACGAUCAUAGUUAUUACGAGGAGAAAAAUCCUGAUUGGCCUGUAGCUUCCAAUCAAUGGCAGAACGUGGUUCCACAGGGCUUCGGAGAUUUACUGAGAUUUAUCAAAGAAACCUACGAUAAUCCACCAGUUUAUGUACUAGAAAAUGGCGUUUCGUCAUUUACAGGUCUUAAUGACAUGGAGAGAAUACGAUAUUUACACGAUUACAUGAAGGAAAUGCUUCUGGCUAUACAUCGAGAUGGCUGUAAUGUCAAAGGGUACACAAUAUGGAGUCUCCUGGAUAAUUUCGAAUGGGGUGUCGGGUACAGCCAUCGUUACGGAUUGGUCGAAGUAGAUUUCAAUCAUGAGAAUCGCACGAGGACUCCCCGGCUGUCAUCACAAUGGCUUCAGAAAGUUAUUGCUAAAAGGGAAUUAAUUAGUCCAGAGGAUUUCAAACCGUUCAGCCUAGCGAAAUUAGAAUUAGAACACGAAUGA